AUGGUGCCACCGUCGUCAUCGUCUUCAAACGUAAAGACGCUACCCCCCCCUUCCCUAACCGAAGCCGGCGUGCCACUCUUCAACCCCAACGUCGACUUCGAGCGGGUGCGCACCAAGAGCCCCGACACGCCGCGACGUGGCGUCGACAAAGCCGUGCUGACGCUGUCGACUCCAGGAGGCCAAGGAGCAGAAGCGGUAGACGUGUCGGCGCUGCUGUUUGGCGUAGCCUCGAACUACGACCGCCUCAUGUACGGAGACCAGGCGCUGAUGCACGACUGGGCCCGCUGGCUGACGGACGGGCGCGGCAAGUCCAACGGCGCCGGCCUGGUGGUGGUGCUGCAGAUGGCCCCGUCCGCCAAACAAGUGUCGACCAUCCGCGACGAGCUGCAGCGCCUCGGAAUCGACGCCGCCGUCGCCUCGGCCGCCGACCGCCCAGAUGAGACGGCCUACCAGCAAGUCGUCACGCGGCUGCUGCGCGGCCGCUUCCGCGGUCUGCGCGACCUGCAGCGCCAGCAGUACUUCGGUAUCAUCGAGGAGGACGUCUUCUUCCCCAGCAUGGCGCGACUGCUCGAGAAGCUGGCGCCCUUCAGCCCCGAUAAGGAGUACUACAUUGGCUUGCCGAGCGAGCAAUCAGACUGGGUAGUGUACAACGGGACAGCACUAACGUACGGCGGCGGCGCCGUCUUCACCACGGCGCCCCUGCUGGACAAGGUCGGUGCCGAGUGUCUGCAGGAGCCGGCGAGCACCGGCGGCGCCGGCAGCAGCCAGGUCUUUGACGUGCUGCUGCACGACUGCAUCGCCAAGCACAUCGGCGCCAGCAUGCACGUGCUGCCCAGCCUGUACAACCCCGUAGCGCCACCGCCGCCGACGGCCGACGUCGGCGGCUACGGCAGCGGCAUGCGCCCCCUGACACUCCACCACUAUCGCAACUGGCACCGCUUCGAGGCCGGCAAGGGCCACCGCGUCACGUCGGCCUGCGGCGAGGCCUGCUUCCUGCAGCGCUUCCUGUUCGCCGACGGCUGGGUGCUCGUCAACGGCUACACCCUAACGCACUACCCGGAGGGCGUCGAAGCCGCCGCCGCAGACGCGCCGCGGCUGGACGACCGGCUAGUGAUUGAAGAGGCGGCGGCGUUGGACCUGGCGACGCCGCCUCGCGACGCCAAGACGCUAACGUCGCCCGGCCGCACCAAGAAGACGUGGCGGCUGCUCGACUCGCGCACGCGCGACAACGGGGACGUCUGGCAGGCAUACGUCAACCGCAAGGGCGACGAUAACUCCGGCUCAGAGAUUGACGACCGCCUCGCCAGCGAUAUCCGCCACAGCGACGAGGAGAGGUCCGACGUCGACUCGGUCAUUCUGCUUAUCUGGGAUGCCCCAGUAGCACCAGCAAGGACAAAGGCCAAGGCGCUGGCAUAA